CGACCGUGCAAAGCGCAAAACUUUGGACUUAGUCCGCAGCGACUCGUUAGUCCAGUUGUGAGCACGGUGCCGUGACAAGUGAACUUCUGUCAGGCGGGGUUUCAGUGAGAGGGUUUGCGAUACAAAACUUCACCAUUGUGAACAGGAAGACGUGGCCCACAAUCGUUACGAUGCCCUUAUUUGUGUUUGGUGUUCCGAAAUCUACAGCAAGUGAGAAGCGCGUGUAUUGCCGUUACGAAAAUUCAGUUGUAAUUGCGUGAAAACUCGUUGCCUAUUAAAAACAACUUCAACCGAGAGCAACCACACCGUGCAGUUCCCAUUGUGCCGCAGAAGAAUGUGUGACGCAGUGUGCCGUGUGCUGUGAACAGUGUGCUGCAUGCGUUGAUGCAGGAAGUAAGCGGAUUAAACUCAUAACCCCACAACAGCACACGAAUCUGCGGAAAACUGUAGGUCUCCCCCCCCCCCCCCUGAACCUUUCUUGACCGUGGGUAAGGUUUUCUGCAUGCGGUCUGAACGAUGCCUGGAGUGGUGUUUCUUGUUUGUGUUCCGACGGCAAAUUAUGAAAGGACGUUAAUUAACGGCAUAAAUUAUGCUCCGAAUAAUGAACAGCUGCCACCACCGGUACCGUCCCAUCAGCCCCUGCGUAAUCUUAAUAUAAAUCUCCCGGAAAACGUGCCCCACGGUCCGAGAGGGCACCGCCCAGCCGGAGACAAUGCAGCCGGAAAUGCAGUCCUUCGGCUUGAGGUUGAGCUGCGUGACAAACACGCAGUCCAGGGCCGUCGUACGGCAAACAAAGCGAAACCACCGAAACCACCGUACGGUGUGGCGAACGCGAUAAAAGGACCACCGAACGAUGGUGGAUCAGCUGUCGCACCGCUGGAAAAGGUGUUGGACGAGUUACUUAAGAAGCUAGAGGUCGAACGCGUUAUAUGGCACCCGGACAAGGCGGGGCAGUAUUAUCAGGUGGUGUUCCCGUUGGCAGCUGGCGAUCCUUGCGAGACAACACUUCACUGCCUAACGGAGCUAGGAAUCGGUGUGAAGUACAACUCCAGCGUCAGCGUUCUUCCAGCUAGCGUCAGCUACGACGGCUCCAAUGACACCAGUAACGAAGAUGAAUAUGGGGACGAAUGUGAGGAAAACUCCAAAUGGAACAACUUCGUCGACUCGAUCCGGUCGAAGCUCACCGUCAAGCAGGUGGUCGACGGUGUGCGGGCCGGCGGUUCACUAUCGUUCGACUACUUGCUACUCAUCGUCACGGCCGACUCACUGGCGGCCCUGGGACUGGUGGAAAAUAAUGCACCAAACAUUGUGGCCGCGAUGCUGGUUUCCCCACUGAUGGGUCCGGUAAUGUCGAUUACCUUCGGAACGAUCAUAGCCGACCGCGAGCUGGUGAAGGUUGGCUUUACAGCGCUUGCCCUCGGUAUGUUCAUCUCGAUACUGUUUGGAUUCAUUUUUGGGCUCAUCCUCGGCACCACCGACAUGCCGUGGGGAUUCGGCGAUUUCCCAACGGAGGAAAUGAAGGGCCGUGGCAACGCGCGCUCGCUCUGGAUGGGUAUACUCUGGGCGCUAACAUCCGGCAGCGGUGUAGCAGUGGCACUACUCCAGGGCUCGGCCGGUCCAUUGAUAGGUGUUGCAAUUUCCGCUUCGCUGCUGCCACCGGUCGUGAACUGUGGUCUUUUCUGGGCACUGGCCUGCAUUUGGUUGAUCUACAAGGAGGAAGAUAUCAAGAUGCCGCACCUGAAGGGCGAACCGUACAGCGGUAACUCUAGCUACGAAUUCAUCUACACCAAUUACAUCCCCACGGAGUUUCUAAUUAACGGCAUCGUUUCCGGUCUGCUGACGGUGAUCAACGUUAUUUGCAUCUUCAUUACCGCCAUCAUCGUGCUGAAGAUAAAGGAGGUAGCCGCACCGUACACCUCCAGCCCGGAUUUGCGCCGAUUCUGGGAAACGGACAUUCGCACGGCCCGUACAGCGAACCGUACGACGAUUCGUCGAAACCGUGGCGGUGAAGCGGACAUUAUGUCGACUUACGCCGAGCUGGAAAAUGACCCGAAGGCACGGAAUCUGGAGAAUGCACUCGAGCAGGCCCUGAAGGAAGCCGUCGACGAUGACACCUAUCGAAAGGUCAAGCGGAUGAGCUAUUCCAGCAAUGCGGCCGGCGAGAUUGCCGAGCGUCUGUUCGGCGGUUCCGGUUCCGGGACGGCGGGAGUGUCUAACAAUGGGGGCCAAAUUGGAAAUCCCAUGGCAACGGGCGUUGGCUCGAGCACGAAGACGACGGCCGAUUUGAAGCUGUUGGAGAAACUCGUUACCUCGCUGCUGGAAACGCACGGCAACAGUUCCGCCACCGAUGGCCGCGCAGAAGGACUUCACCGAAGCGGAUCCGUACUGGGACGCUUCCGUCCGAUGUCACGCUCAUUCCGCUCGACAAGCUCACUGCGAAGACGCAACGAAGCGCCGACCGGUGCUUCCGAUGGCACAGGUGGAGGAGGGCUGGGGGGUGGUGGUGGUGCUCCGGGCGGAGAGGGAACGAUGCCAACUAUUCAGGAAUCUGGCACCGACCGAAACAGUGGCAGCCGCGGACGACGAAAUUCCUGGAACGAUCGGGGUGGCAAUGUGCGGCGGGUGCUGAACUCCAUCGCUAACGCGCCGCACCGGUUCAGCCAGUCGCUGAGUGGCGGCGGACCACUUCAGGAUAACGACGACGAGGAGCGCAGUAAUUUGACGCAGAACAUUCUUUGACGGGGUCGCGACAAAGUUAAUAAGGAUAAUGGGCAUCGCGGAAAAGAAACGGCUCGCUGCUACUGCGAGGGACUUACUUCUUGCCGGAGAAAAAAUGGCCCAUCAGAUUUAGCGUGACAGAUGCGUGAUAGUGCGCAUCUGGGUAGAGGUGUUAAGAAAUUGAGAUAAACUUCACCACUUGCAAUUAUGUUGUAGCAGCAACGUAAUAUUUUUCAAUAAGUUUUUAGUCUCUUCUAUAUAUAAAAAUAUA